UCACGUAAUAACACACCACCAAGAAGGACAAGAAAGUAAUUCCACAUCACCCCCAUAACACCUCGAUGGUAUAAAACACACCCCACCCUCUGUGGUACAAUCUUCAAGACCUAAUCUCUCUUUCACCAUUUUCCCCCAAAUUCUUCACAACAAUCAAUUUCUUCUUCUUCUUCUUCUCCUUCUGUGUGAAAUCAAAUAUCAAAUUUAGGUAUGUGUGGUGGUGCGAUCAUCUCCGAUCUCAUAGCACCUUCGGUGAACAAGUCUCGCCGUUUGACUGCUGCUGAUCUUCUUUUGACCCAAUCCGACUUUUUUAAAAACCCUAGCAAAUGCUACUCCAAACCCUUGAGAUCUGAGAUCUUUGAUCUUGAAGAUGAGUUUGAAGCUGAUUUUCGAGGCUUUAAAGAUGAAGUUGAGGCUCAGGUUGAGGCUGAACAUCGUCUUAAUCCCUACAAUUUCUCUGCCUCCAAAAGCUCUGCUGCUUCUUCUCGUGGCUCAAAAUCUGUGAAGUCUGAUGAUGUAUCUGAGAAAUCGACUUCACGAAAAAGGAAAAACCAGUACAGGGGCAUCCGACAGCGCCCGUGGGGCAAAUGGGCUGCCGAGAUCCGUGACCCGCGAAAGGGGGUCCGUGUGUGGCUUGGAACUUUCAAUACUGCUGAGGAAGCUGCUAGGGCCUAUGAUGUUGAGGCGAGAAGGAUCCGCGGGGAUAAGGCCAAGGUUAACUUCCCGGAUGUACCCGUGAACCUGAAUCGCCAAAAGGUUAACGUGAAACUGAACAAAAAGACUACUGCUGACUGUAAUGGUUCAUUCGGGUACUUUGAACCGAAGCCUCAAGUUAACGUUCCUGCAACUGUUGAGGAUAUGGGUGUGAAACAGUUUAGUCCAUUAAACGGUUCUGGUGUUUUUAAUUUAAGUUCUGAUCAGGGGAGCAACUCGUUUGGUUGUUCCGCUGAAUUCGGUUGGGAUCACUGCGCAACAACUCCUGAAAUCACGUCUGUUUUCUCCGAGAGUGAUGAUGUCAGCUUCAUGGCUAACAUGAAUCCUGCAAAGAAACUGAAACAAGACCCUGUAAACAUGGUUUCUGCUGAUGAACCGCUGUUUCAGAUGCCGAUUUUCGAAGAGAGCUGGGAUGCUUCUUCGGUUGAUGCGUUUCUGAAUGCGGAUGCUACUCAAGAUGGUGGAAAUGAGGUGGAUCUUUGGAGCUUCAGCGAUCUUCCCGCCAUCUUGGAUGGAUCGUUCUAAGCUAUUGUUUGGUAACGAUGGGCGGACAAAUAAGCAUGGUGUGUCGAUUUCGUUCGGUUAUAUGCAGAGUAUAUAGCUUAACAAUCAACUGUGUUAUGAUUGUAAGAUCUUUAUUUUUAUUUUGUGUUAGUUAUGUUUGUAUGGAUGAUAAUAUUUUGAAAACUAAAUGUUGCUUUUGUUUCUCCUUAUGGACUUCAGAUUAUAUAUGUUUGAAUCAACUGUUAAAACUU